CACACACACACACAGUGCCUGGCCAAGAGUGACACUCACUGCUACACACGUCUCACCUAGUGACAAUUGUUUAACCCUCCAAUUAUACUGUACCUCCUACUGACACUUAAAUCUGCUGCUUAUUACUGACAGUCACCCCGACCAUAUGCUAUCACUGUACCUGGCCUACUGACAGUCACCCCGACCAUAUGCUAUCACUGUACCCGGCUUACUGACAGUAACCCUGACCAUAUGCUAUCACUGUACCCGGCUUACUGACAGUCACCCCGACCAUAUGCUAUCAUUGUGCCUGGCCUACUGACAGUCACCCCGACCAUAUGCUAUCACUGUGCCUGGCCUACUGACAGUCACCCCGACCAUAUGCUAUCACUGUGCCUGGCCUACUGACAGUCACCCCGACCAUAUGCUAUCACUGUGCCUGGCCUACUGACAGUCACCCCGACCAUAUGCCAUCACUGUGCCUGGCCUGCUGACAGUCACUGUCUUUCAGUUGCUAUCACUGUACUUGGCCUAUUCAUGGACACUGUUCUUUCCCUAGCUUACAGUGUCGCCGUCACUACCCUCACUGACUUUUCUGAUGGUCUCUGUCACUAUGGCUAGUAUAUAUACCCUCCUAGGUAUUCUGUACCUGGUACAAGGGUUCCCCUAUGGUCUUCAGUCAGGGCUUUUCCCGGUGGUCCUGCGCACUCAAGGACUCUCUCUUUCCCAUAUUGGCCUCACUAAGAUUCUUUACCUGCCAUGGCUACUGAAGUUUCUGUGGUCACCGCUGGUCGAUGGCUGGUUGAACCGGCGCACGUGGCUGCUACUCAGCACAGGAGGUCUGUGUUUGUGUUGCCUUCUGUGCUCCCUCCUGUCUCCAGCAGUGACUGUCUUGCCUGUGGUCUGCCUUUUGUUUCUCAUGCACAUACUGUCCUCCCUUCAAGAUGUGGCUGUAGAUGCUGUGUCUGUAGCCGUCCUUACACAUGAGCAGGUUGGGCUGGGCAACUCUCUGCAAGUGGUGGCCUAUAAGAUAGGAUCUGUGCUGGCUGGCGGUGGGGCACUUACCUUAUUGGACACUUUGGGCUGGAGAGCAGUGUUCUUGCUGUUGGCUGGCAUGUAUCUUCUGGCUGUCUUGUCUACUGCAAGGACGAAAGCCCUGGUGAAUGCAGAGCUGGCUCCUGAGGGUGACCACAACUUACCUGCUAGGUGCAGAACCCUAAAAGACAUUGUUUACAAGGUAUUUGCAGUUCCGGGGACAGUGUGGACAGGUGUAUAUGUCCUGACCUACAAACUAGGUGAGCAGGGCUCUCUCAGCAUGAUUCCCCUUUUGCUUUUGGACGCAGGUGUCUCUGCAGCUGAGCUUGGGGUCUACAAUGGAAUUAUUUCAGUGGGAUUUUCUGUUGCUGGAUCUGCACUUGGUGGGACACUGCUCUCUAGGGGCCGGUCUCUGCAGAGGAUACUAAGUACUCUCUUGUUCCUGCGGACACUCUGUCUGGUGUUUCAGACCAUACUCCUGUCUGUACUCGGCAAAGACUUCAGCACAGUCAGAGGUGAGAACCAGUCCAAUUACAUUUCACAUCUAGACAACUCUGCACUUGUUCCACACAAUUCUCAUGAGAUGAGGACACAUGGUGGAAGGGGAAACCAAUCCUGCCCAAAUGCCAGUCACUACAGUCUGCUGUCCUCGCUGGAGGUUUUGGGGAAGGUUUUUUUCAGUGCCAUUUCAGGACUUCUUGUUGACUUUAUGGGGGUGUUUGGCUCUUUCUCACUAUUUAUAGUUUUCUCUUUUUUACCCAUUCUCCACCUGUGGAGUGCCCCUUUCUGCCUCCACCACGCAUAGCAUUGAGGGCAUUUGGAACUUCCUGUAAUCCAUGAACUAUUUGCCAGCUGAAGAACACUUAUCUUUAUCUUUGAGGGGCACAGUUCUCCCCUGACCAUAAUCCCAGGCCAGCUUGUUUUGUCAAGUCUACAUGUUAUAAAUGAACAAUGCAAUAAGCUGUUUCCUGCACUACCAUAGCAAGUAGUCGGUGCCCCUCCCCAAGGCAGGAGCAGCGCUCCUCUUCAGCAAUAGGAUCGGUUUAAUGCUGCAGCUUCUGGGGAAUAGGUUUAAGGGAAUCACCUACGUGUUCUGUCUCCCUGAGGUGCUCCAAGUACAAGUCACAAUCCGUGCAAUCUCUCCUUGGAUCUAUGGCAGAGAUGGUUAAUUGUAAUGUGUCUUUUGUUUUGUUGCUGUAUUGAAGAAGUUACAAUCAGUACUUAAACUACACCAAAGUUCAA